AGUCAGCCGGGCCGUAGCUCCCUCUCCCUGUCUCUCCGGUGUGCUGUCCACACCGCCGCACAGACAGGCUGCGGGCUGACUGGCGUGGCCGCCCGGGCACAGCGCCCGAGGAGCCCACAGCCACCGCCGCAGCUGGCGGGCAGCCCGGCACGGCCGGGACCUGCGGUGCUGCCCCGCUGACCGACCAAGGAUGGCUUGGCUCUGUGCCCUAGAGUCUCGUUUAGUUUUGUUGAGAAAGCAAAGGAACAAGCCGCAGAUUGGAAAUAAAAUGCUCCAACAGAGUCUGGCUCUCUGCGCCUGUGUGUUUUGUUCGGCCGGACCCCUCGCCUCUGCCCUGCCAGCCUGUGGCACACCAACCUCCCCCGCUCAGCCAGGCGACCCCCGGCUGAGCUCUGGGGUGGCUGCACCCUCCCUUAGGAGCUCUGGCUUCUCUGGUGGAUCUGACAUCGGGAGCGUCACUGUGGAGAUGUUGCCAUGACAGGGUGUGUGUGUCCGAGUGUGUGGAUUUGCUGUGGUGGGUUCAAGGUUCUGACAUUGACAUGGUGCUUGUCACUUCCAAAGAGCCGUUUCUUCUCGUCUUUGCAGGGCCCUGGCCCUGUCUCUGGAGGUUGAGGUCCCUGUCAGCCAGUGGCCGUGUUCUGCCUCCAGCUGCAGGGAUAAAAGCCUGGGGAGACCCAUAGUGAUUGACACGCUUGCCAUACUCUGGCUCAAAAUGACUGGGCUCUGGUGCAUUUGUCUCUCUGGUGGAUUACCAGCAGGCGUAGCAAGCUUCCCUGUCACUUUCUGUGCUAGCUGCAGGACUUUGUUCAUAGUAACCAUGUUUCUGCCAACAAUGGCUGCAGGGAAAAAUAGAGAUGCUGAUGGUAGUAUACUGAAAUGACUUGAUCUGACCUCCAGGAGCUGUUCUAGGGUGAACCGAACCAUUGAGAGUGAACUUCUCCAGAUUUACUGGAAAAAACCAGAAGCCAGUGCCAAUAAUCUAUUGUUUGGUCUUUUUUAACCCUUCCUUCUCAUUCUCUACGGAACUGAAACAAAUUCUCUAAUCAUGGCCUGCUGCAAGCCCCUUUGUCUGGACCUCAACACCUUGGAUGAUGGCUGCUAAAAGCACAAUGUCUCUGGGGUGUUGCCCCCGCCUCCCCAGCAGUUCUUGCUUGGGACACUCAGGUGUAAAUUACAGUGGCUUACUGGAAAAAGAUGACAUUUCUGCCAGGAGUGCAACAUCUGGUCACCCUAGGAGACAAUCAGCCUGCUGCCUCCUUGCUUUUCGUUGUUGUUGGCUGAGGAACCAAAGAAGGUCAUUUGAAGUCAUUUCAGAGUUGCAUUUGAAAUGCAGGAUCUCCAUGCCAGAGAAAGCAGAGAAAGUGCACAGUUCUGAUGGAGGGAGUGGAUGUGUUUGUGUGUUCUCCCCCAUCUUAGGAGGGAGCUCACUUGAGGGUGAAGCCAUGUUGCAGUUGUCCUGCACCACUACUGCAUGUUUGGAGUAUGUUCUUUCAAAAUAUAAGUGAAGGUGUCUUACUUAGCUAUAGCAUGGACUAAACCAGCCAUGGCUUGGGAACUGCUAAUGAAAGCUACAAAAAUGUACUAGGAGAAGCACAGUUGUUAUAAUGAAACUAGACAUGUUGCUAGACAAACUGGCCAAGCUUGUUUAGAUCUUGUGUUGGAGGAUGCACCAGUUGUAGGAAAAAGAGUGGACAAAGCCUGAUCUCUUGAGUUUUAGAGUGGUUCUGGAUAAACUUGCAUUAGUCUACCUUCAGAGAUGUCUGUUAAAUCAAAUACCUGGUUUGGAGUGAUCAGGUUUCUAUGAGAAAUGUCUCAUGGCUAUGGAGUUUGGAAGUGAGAGAAGAAAAGUGGUGAGGAACGGGGCUGAAAAUGGAAAUUCAAAGCUAGGAAUGCCUCAGGACUUGCUCUCACAGAGCUUUUUUUGUAGUGUGUUUUCUGCAGUAUGCUGGUCAUCCUUCUGCACCAUGGUAAUUUUGUGUUUCAGUUUUGUAUCAUCUUGUAAAUUGCACAUUGGAUUUUGCUUGCUUUAGUUCUGGUAUGCUUACAACUUAAAUCCUAUCUGCUGAACUGACUUUCUCUUGUCCUUUAGCCUAUUUCUCCAUCUUUCACAUCGCAUUGUGGCAAAGCUCUCCCUCCACCAGUCUGUCCUCUCUCUUUUGUUGUUGAUUUUGUCUGUGGGUGUGGUUUGGGUUUGUUUGUUUGUUCCUUUGUCUCUCUGUGUAGUAUUCACAAGAGGUGCAGUUGAAUUUUCCUUCCCUGAGGUGCUAGUAGACACCUGAUGGGAUGAAAAAAUGAGAGGAGAGGUAAAGAUUUUUGAUACAGAGGGAAGGAAAUGCUUAACUCUGCUUUUCUGCCUUCCUUUGGCUUUCAUUAUUCAGUCACCCCUGGGAGCAGAUCUGGUGUUUAUCCAAUACUCCUGUUUGUAGAUUUCUAAAUCUCCCAAGAUGAAACUGGUUCUUCAUCAGCAUCACAGCUGCUCUGUGAGUCCUUCGUCAGAGCUGUGCUCUGUUGCUGUUGGCAAAGCAGUGAGCAGCAGCAGCAAUAGUGUUUGAGCUUUUCUGCAGAGUUUGAGCUUCCUCCCCCUGAGCAAUGCAGAGGUUUCUAGCUGGAUGCCCCCUGUAGCAGCAGAGGGGGUAAAGCCAACAUACAGUCUAAAUGCAUUCAUGGUAUUUCACUGGGGAAGUGGGCUGUUUACUCUGGACAAGGAAGCAAAUCCAUCUUCGUGCUUGGCAUUUUUGCUCUUUUGCAGUACAAUCCUUCUUGUUUUAUUCUACAACUCUUCUGACAUCUCUCAGCUUAAGCUUCUUGUGCAUGGUGCUGUAUUUUAUGCUCUGCAUUUCAAGCUGUUCCUUGCCUUUUUUAGUCCAGCACUGCAGCACUCCAGUGCAUUCUCUGUUCAUCCUCACGUCAAGAUUUCUUUUUGCUGCAGUGUUUUUUCUACCUGUGAUCACAAAGAGCUAGGGGGAGAUCUAUGUCCUUUUGUUGAAUAAGAAUCUUCUCAUUAUUUUAGUCAGAGUUAAGGCAACUAUGCAAACAAUCUGUUAGUUAUAAUCUCAAAGUAGUGCUGUGAUGAUGUCAUAGCUAUUGUGUAGUGUGUUGCAGUUGCUAAUACAGAGAGAUUUACAAAGGCACAGGCAAGGAAUGAAGAAAUAGUGGUUCUGUGUGACCUCACUGAGCAUAGGAAGGUGCUGGCUUUUCAAUGCUUCAGGGACUGGUGCAGACCUAGAGAAGUCUGUCUACCAGAUGAGUUAGGGAAAGAGGGCACCACUGAGCCAGUCUUGAGACCUUGGUGUAAUGCAGGAGAAGGUUUGUCAGCUGAAAGAUGUGUUUCAAGGACAUGCAAAGCAGUAAGUGACAAAUGACUGCAGCACAGCAGUUAGGGAGGAUUGGAAAAUUUCUCAUCUAAAAAAUGUUAUGUGUUGUGUACUUUAAUUUGCAUUGACUGUAUGGUUUAGAGAUGAUCUGGGAUCCUUGGUAUGAGGGUAGUGGAAUACUGGAACAGGUUGCCCAGGGAGAUAGUUGAGGCCUCAUCCCUGGAGAUACUUAAAGUGAGGCUCGACAGGGCUCUGGGCAACCUAGCAAGUCGAGGAUUCCCUUGCUGUCUGCGGAGAGGUUUGGACUAGAUGACCUCUGGAGGUCUCUUCCAUCCCAGAACAUUCUGUGACUUGAGAUAGCUGAAACUUUUGAAAGUAACCACCUGUUCAGCUUGGGAACUGGUUGGUGGGGCCAUUAUUUUAUUACAUUUUGAUGCCUGAUUUCUACCCUAGGAGAACCUAUUGUUGAUUUUCAAGUUUCUGAAGAGGGAACCAUGUAGAUUGAGGUGUGAAACUGAGCUUUUACAUACAUGAACAUGCCUAUUAACUCCCUGUUUUCCCUACUGCUACUUAGAAGGAAAGUGUGCAUGUAUCUGCACACACAUGCACAUAUAUAGAUAUAAAAUAUACAUAUGUGCCCAAAGUGUGGCAAAUAUUAAUGCAUGCAGUGUGUGAAUAUGUGCCAAUUCUGUGUAGUUACAGACAUCUUGAUAUGUACAGAUAUAUGUUUAAAUGAUUUUCCUUCAAACUACAUAUGUAUGGAAAUUUCAUAGCCAUACAUAAAGUGCAGACAUACAGAGGGCAGAGUUUCUGUGUUAUGGUUGGCAAUGAAUAUCUUACAAGACAUAGAAGCUGCUCUUUAGUGGAUUUGUAGGCUGUAACUUGUUCCUUCUCCUGUUCAUGUUUGGCAUCAGUGAUGCCUAGUUACAGGACAAGGAGCAAUGGGUGGAAGCUGAGGCAUAGGAGGUUCCAUGGGAACCUGAGGAAGAAUUUUUUCACCCAGCAAAACACUGGAACAGGCUGCCCAGGAAGGUUGUGGAGUUUUUCUCUCUGGAGAUAUUCAAGAACCCUCUGGACGAAUUCCAGUGUCAUCUGCUCUAGGUGAUCCUGCUUUGCCAAGGGGGCUGGACCAGAUGAUCUUUCAAGGUCCCUUUCAGCCCCUGACAUUCUAUGAUUCUUUGACUUCAAAGGAGACAACUGCAGUUGUCAUCUAGUUUGUUAUGAUCAAUCCAUGCCAUUUAUGAACAAAACAGUGAAUAAGGAGUUUCGGCCUCUUCCAGCUUCAGCAGAGCUUAUCUCACUGAGAGCAAGACUGGGGCUUCCUCUUCAACUUCUAUAACCUAUAUGUUGUUUCACUAUGGACUAAUUCAUGUGCUAAUUAGAGUCAGUCUUUCCCAGUGAUGUAAUUGCAGAUUUUCUUUCACAUGGAGAAUGUGGAUGGCAGCUAUGUUGAAAUUACAUAGGAUUUAGGAUUAAGUUCAGUUUUAAUCUUCUAAUUAUGUUUUACUUUCUCCUUGUUAAGAUAUUCAUUGGGAUCCUGCAGCAGUCACAGUCUGUUAUCUGUAAAAAGCUGCCAAUUUUUGUGUAUUAGGUUUGCAUUAGCAGUUGAGUAACACAGGCUGGUGCAACAGAUAUGUAGCAUGAGAAAGAUGCCUUACUCUACACAUUCUGUUUCCAGAAAUAAGGAGUUCUUGGACACAAGAAGUGGCAAUGAAUGAACUUUAUAUGUUGUUUGUUUGUUUUCUUGUUUGUUUUGUGGUGGCAUUUCAGAUCUGUUUCAUUUUUCCUCCUCUUUUGUGAUGCAUAAGAGGAUAUCUGAUCAAGGAAGGUCUAAGUGUGGUGAAACUGAACACUUUGUAAAUAUUAUGUCAUACAUUAAGAUGUGUCUUUUGACUGUGCUGGAAAUGUGUGGGGUAGCUGUACACUUGCCUGCAGCAACAGUGAAAUCACUGCAAUACUAUAACACCAUCACAUGUUGUGCUCAGGAUCCUGUACCUUCACAAGUCAGUGAGAGCUUUGUCUUGGAUUUUGAGGGAUGCAGGAUCAUCAGAGUGCUCCGUGGUGUGACUACUCUGCAAGCAGAGAUGCAACUGCACUUAUGCAAGCAGUCUGACAUCAGAGCUGCUUGCUUGGGUAAAACUGCACUUGUGCUUAAACCUUUGUAGAGUGGAGUUUUAAAGUUUGUCCCUGUAAUGGGAGAGACUCCCACCACAACCAGGGGCAUCUUGCUCCUACAAAUCUGGCCUGAGUCCACCUUGCAGAUGUAUUAUUUUCCCAAUGCUGAAUUUCUUCUUGGAAGAAGAAUUUUAACAAGGUGGAGUAACAGCUGCCCUGUUUGAUUAUCACAAUCAGGUUUUCACCUUCUUCACAUUCUGCUGUGCUUCAGAUCCACUUUCUGCUCUCAGUCUUAUGACCAUGGUUUGGUCUUCACCCUGCAGCUGGUUUCACAUGGGUGAAAACUGACCAUGUGAAGGUCCGUGGGUGUUUUGGAGGUUCUGCUUUAGCCUGCAGGCCAUCUGGAAGAUGUUUUGAAGACAUUGGAUCAAAACUAUUUUUUCUUUACUCAGGCAGGGUUCCUUUUUGGAUUUCACUGGCAGAAGUAUUCAGUGUUUGAGUUUGCUAAGCCAGCCACAGGCUGAGAAUGAAUGGAUUUAACGUUCAGUAGCAAAGGCUGAGGUUGAGUGUUGGGAUUAACUUUAUGGUGACGAAGUGAGGCUUUGGAGUAAUUUCUGUGGGAAGCUGGCAGUCUUGUCAACAGUGACGGUCUUUAAGAAUGAUCUGAGCAACUGUGUCAGGAAUGACAUGGGAUAGCUGAUCAUGCUUUGGCCAUGGGGUGGCUGAGGGGACUUUCUGAGGUCCCCUACAACGCUCUUAUUCUUGAAGGCUGUGAACACCUGGAUGAAAGGAUACAUCACUUGAGUAUCGAUAUGCUGUGCUUGUUGCCUGCCAAGAUCCACAUUUGAAUUUUCAUGAAAUGGAUUGAAGUCCUUUAAAAUGUUAAAGACUUUUCCUCACAGUCAGUUUUUUCAGUUUAUCUGGAAUCCGGUCAUUGGGAUAUCAACAAGUUGGGCUGCUGCUGUCCUUCAGCAGCUAAAGCCUAAAGCCUCUGCUGCAACAUGCCAAUUUACUUGCAAGUUAACCCACCGUCAGACUUGAAUUUCACAAUAAUAGAUGAACACAAUGUUCAAAUGUCAUGGAAAAGGCCACCAGAUGAUAUAGUGGGUUACAGGAUAACUGUGGUUCCAACAAAUGAUGGACCUACUAAAGAAUUUACUCUUUCACCUAGCACUACCCAGACUGUCUUAUCAGAUCUUAUACCUGAUAGAGAGUAUGUUGUAUCAAUAGCUUCAUAUGAUGAGAGCGAGGAGAGUCUACCUGUUUUUGGCCAACUGACAAUUCAGACAGGUGGUCCAGGGGUACCAGAAGAAAAGAAGAUUGAGGACCAGUUACAAAGAUGCUCCAUAAGUGCAAUGACAGAUUUGGUUUUCCUGGUGGAUGGUUCAUGGAGCGUAGGGAGAAGCAACUUUGGAUAUAUUCUGGACUUCAUGGUUGCCCUUGUAUCAGCUUUUGACAUUGGGGAAGACAAGACAAGAGUUGGGGUUGUUCAGUACAGCUCAGAUACAAGAACAGAGUUCAAUUUAAAUGAGUAUUUCAGGAGAAGUGAUCUCAUUGAUGCAAUUAAAAGGAUACCUUACAAAGGUGGCAACACAAUGACAGGUGAGGCUAUUGAUUACUUGGUUCAAAACACCUUCACUGAGUCUGCUGGAGCAAGGAAAGGCUUUCCCAAAGUGGCAAUUGUCAUUACGGAUGGAAAAGCUCAAGAUGAAGUUGAAAUUCCUGCAAGAGAGCUUCGCAACAUAGGAGUUGAAGUCUUUUCUUUGGGGAUCAAAGCAGCAGAUGCAAAGGAACUGAAGCUAAUUGCAUCUCAGCCUUCACUGAAGCACGUGUUCAAUGUGGCUAAUUUUGAUGGAAUUGUGGAUAUACAGAAUGAAAUUAUCUCCCAAGUGUGCUCUGGCGUUGAUGAACAGCUAGGUGAAUUGGUUAGUGGAGAAGAAGUGGUGGAGCCUCCUUCAAAUCUGGUGGCCACUCAGAUCUCCUCCAAAUCCGUUAGGAUCACUUGGGAUCCCUCCCCAAGCCAAGUAACUGGCUAUCGGCUGCAGUUCAUUCCGAUGAUAGCUGGUGGGAAGCAGCACGUCCUGAGCGUGGGCCCUCAGACCACUGCUCUGAACGUUAAGGACCUCUCUCCAGACACGGAGUAUCAAAUCAAUGUUUAUGCAAUGAAAGGGCUGACCCCCAGUGAGCCAGUAACAAUAAUGGAGAAAACACAACAAGUGAAAGUGCAAGUGGAAUGCUCACGUGGUGUGGAUGUAAAAGCUGAUGUUGUGUUUUUAGUGGAUGGUUCCUACAGCAUUGGUAUCGCCAAUUUUGUUAAAGUAAGAGCCUUUUUGGAAGUGCUAGUUAAAAGCUUUGAGAUAUCACCUCGGAAAGUACAGAUAAGUCUUGUCCAGUACAGCAGAGAACCCCAUAUGGAGUUUUCUUUGAACAGAUACAACAGAGUGGAAGACAUAAUUCAGGCUAUUAACACCUUCCCCUACAGAGGUGGAUCUACCAACACAGGCAAAGCCAUGACAUAUGUGAGGGAGAAAGUAUUUGUUACCAGCAAAGGAUCAAGACCAAAUGUGCCCAGAGUCAUGAUACUCAUUACUGAUGGGAAAUCAUCAGAUGCUUUUAAAGAACCUGCAAUAAAGCUGAGGGAUGCAGAUGUAGAAAUCUUUGCAGUGGGUGUGAAGGAUGCAGUGCGUACAGAGUUAGAAGCCAUCGCGUCUCCUCCUGCUGAAACCCACGUGUACACGGUGGAAGAUUUUGAUGCUUUUCAAAGAAUAUCCUUUGAACUUACACAGUCUGUCUGCCUGAGGAUUGAGCAGGAGCUGGCUGCCAUAAGGAAAAAAUCUUAUGUACCUGCAAAGAAUAUGGUCUUCUCUGAUGUGACAUCUGACAGCUUCAAAGUGAGCUGGUCUCCAGCUGGAGCUGAAGUUUUGUCCUAUCUAAUCAAAUACAAAGUGGCAGUUGGUGGAGAUGAAUUCAUUGUUUCGGUACCAGCUUCAAGCACCAGCUCAGUUCUCACUAACUUGCUGCCUGAAACUACUUACGCAGUCAGUGUGAUUUCUGAGUAUGAAGAUGGUGAUGGCCCUGCCUUGGAUGGAGAGGAAACCACCUUAGAAGUUAAAGGUGCUCCUCGAAACUUAAGGAUAACAGAUGAAACUACUGAUAGCUUUGUCGUCGGCUGGACUCCAGCUCCAGGAAACGUCCUGCGGUACCGCCUGCUAUAUAGACCACUUACAGGAGGAGAAAGGAGACAAGUGACUGUCUCAGCAAAUGAAAGGUCAACUAUUCUGCAGAGCUUGAUCCAAGACACAAGAUAUGAAGUGUCUGUUAUUCCUGAGUACCAGUCUGGGCCUGGGAAGUCACUGAGUGGAUAUGCAAAAACUGAUGAAGUUCGAGGAAACCCAAGAAAUUUGAGAGUUUCUGAUGCCACAACAUCAACAAUGAAAUUGUCUUGGGGUGCUGCUCCUGGCAAAGUGCAGCAGUACUUCAUAACAUACACUCCAGUCUCAGGAGGGGAAACUAAGGAAGUGACUGUGAAAGGUGACACUACCUCCAAAGUUCUGAAAGGCUUGGACCAAGCCACUAGAUAUGCAUUGACUGUGUCUGCCUUGUAUGCCUCUGGAGCAGGAGAGGCCCUUUCUGGAGAGGGAGAAACACUUGAAGAGCGUGGUUCACCACGGAAUUUGGUUACCACAGACAUAACUGACACUACAGUUGGGUUAUCAUGGACACCAGCUCCAGGAGCUGUUAAUGAUUAUAGGAUAGUAUGGAAAUCACUUUAUGAUGAUACAAUGGGAGAGAAGAGAGUCCCUGGAAACACAGUGGAUGCUGUGCUAGAAGGUUUGGAGCCAGAAACAAAGUACAGGAUUUCAGUAUAUGCAACCUACAGCAGUGGAGAAGGAGAUCCAGUAGAAGGAGAGGCAUUUACUGAUGUGUCACCAGAUGCCAGGACUGUGACGGUAGACAACGAGACAGAGAACACCAUGAGAGUUACAUGGCAGCCUUCACCUGGGAAAGUCUUGUCCUAUCGUGUGUACUACCGACCACGGAGUGGAGGAAGGCAGAUGUUUGGAAGAGUGAAUGCUCCAGCCACAAGCAUAGUCCUGAAGAGACUUAAGCCACGGACUACUUAUGACCUCAGUGUUGUUCCAAUGUAUGAUUUUGGCCAAGGAAAACCAAGAAAAGCAGAAGGCACAACAGCCUCUCCCUUUAAGCCUCCUCGAAACCUGAGAACUUCUGAUUCGACUAUGUCAAGCUUCCGAGUGACCUGGGAGCCAGCCCCAGGAAGAGUGAAGGGGUACAAAGUAACUUUCCACCCUACUGAAGAUGAUGGGAGUCUUGGAGAAUUAAUUGUGGGACCAUAUGACAGCACAGUGGUAUUGGAGGAGCUGAGGGCAGGAACUACCUAUAAGGUAAAUGUCUUUGGAAUGUUUGAUGGAGGAGAGAGCAACCCCUUGGUUGGACAAGAGAUGACCACCCUUUCAGAUACUACUACGGAGCCAUUUUUAUCUAGAGGUUUAGAAUGUAGGACCAGAGCAGAAGCUGAUAUCGUGCUGCUGGUGGAUGGCUCAUGGAGUAUCGGCCGGCCCAAUUUUAAGACUGUCAGGAACUUCAUUGCCCGCAUCGUUGAAGUGUUUGACAUCGCUCCUGACAAAGUGCAGAUUGGUCUUGCACAGUACAGUGGAGAUCCCAGGACAGAAUGGAAUCUCAAUGCUUACCGAACCAAACAGGCUUUGCUGGAGGCUGUAGCAAAUUUACCAUACAAAGGAGGCAAUACUCUAACAGGAAUGGCCUUGGACUUCAUCUUAAAAAACAGCUUCAGACAAGAUGCUGGCUUGAGGCCCAGAGCUCGCAAAAUUGGGGUUCUCAUCACUGAUGGCAAAUCACAAGAUGAUGUCGUCACCCCUUCAAGGAAACUCAGAGAUGAGGGCGUGGAACUUUAUGCAAUUGGUAUUAAAAAUGCAGAUGAAAAUGAAUUGAAGCAGAUUGCCACUGACCCAGAUGACAUCCACGCUUACAACGUUGCAGAUUUCUCCUUCCUGACUAAUAUUGUUGAUGAUGUGACCACAAAUCUGUGUAACAGUGUGAAAGGCCCAGGUGAUUUACCACCUCCCUCUAACCUGGUUAUCUCAGAAGUGACACCCCGUUCUUUCAGACUGAGAUGGAGUCCCCCUCCUGAGAGUGUUGAUAGAUACAGAGUUGAAUAUUACCCUACCUCUGGAGGCAGCCCCCGACAGUUUUAUGUCAGUAGGAUGGAAACAACCACAGUUCUGAAAGACCUGAUGCCUGAAACAGAGUAUGUUGUUAACGUGUUUUCUGUGGUAGAAGAUGAAAGCAGUGAACCUCUAAUCGGCAGGGAAACAACUUUGCCAAUCUCUUCAGUUAGAAACCUGAAUGUUUAUGACAUCGGCUCCACUUUCAUGCGAGUGAGAUGGGAACCUCUCAAUGGAGCUACUGGUUAUAUGUUAACAUAUGAAGCUGUUAAUGCCACAGUCCCAACCAAAGAGAAAGAGAUGCGUGUUGGACCAUCGGUGAACGAGGUUCAGCUGGUAGAUCUCAUCCCCAACACCGAGUACACUCUAACAGCUUACGUCUUGUUUGGUGACCUCACCAGUGACCCACUCACCACCCAGGAAGUGACAUUACCUUUGCCUGGACCCAGAGGCUUGAAAAUUCAGGAUGUUACUCACAGCAGCAUGACUAUCCUUUGGGAUCCUGCCCCAGGGAAAGUUCGCAAGUACAUCCUGAGAUACAAAAUAGCUGAUGAAGCUGAUGUGAAGGAGGUGGAACUUGACAGACUCAAAACCAGCACUACUCUCACUGACCUUUCCUCCCAAACACUGUAUAAUGUAAAAGUUGUUGCUGUCUAUGAUGAAGGAGAAUCUCUGCCAGCAAAUGCAGAAGCUGUGACUCAGCCUGUACCAGCACCAGUCAAUCUCAGGAUCACAGAUAUAACUACAAACAGUUUUAGGGGGACUUGGGACCAUGGAGCUUCAGAUGUGUCUCUCUAUAGAAUAACCUGGGGGGUCUAUGGAAGACCAGACAAACAGGAGACUAUCUUAAAUGGGGAUGAGAACAGUUUGGUCUUUGAAAAUUUGACUCCAGAUACAUUAUAUGAUAUCUCUGUUACUGCCAUCUACCCUGAUGAAUCAGAAAGUGAUGAACUCAUCGGCAGUGAACGAACUCUGCCCUUGGUACCUAUCACCACACAAGCCCCAAAGAGUGGCCCAAGGAACCUUCAGGUGUACAAUGCAACUUCACACAGUUUGACUGUGAAGUGGGAUCCUGCCAGUGGUCGAGUGCAGAGAUACAGGAUCAUUUACCAGCCUAUCAGUGGGGAUGGCCCUGAACAGUCGACUAUGGUUGGAGGGAGGCAGAACAGUGUGGUGAUACAGAAGCUGCAGCCCGACACACCAUAUGCUAUUACUGUGUCAUCAAUGUAUGCAGACGGUGAAGGGGGACGAAUGACAGGGCGAGGCAGAACCAAACCUCUCACUACUGUGAAGAACUUAGUAGUUUAUGACCCAACCACCAGUACUCUGAACAUUCGAUGGGAUCAUGCAGAAGGAAAUCCUCGCCAGUAUAAAGUGUUCUACAGACCUGCAGCUGGAGGUGCAGAAGAAAUGACCACAGUGCCAGGAAACACAAACUAUGUCAUCCUAAGGACUCUUGAACCCAACACACCUUACACUGUAACUGUGGUUCCAGUCUUCCCAGAAGGGGAUGGUGGACGUGUCUCUGACACAGGAAGAACUUUGGAGAGAGGAACACCAAGAAACAUUCAAGUUUACAAUCCCACACCAAACAGCAUGAACGUCCGAUGGGAACCUGCUCCAGGUCCAGUGCAGCAGUAUAUAAUUAAUUACUCUCCACUGUCUGGCCCGAGGCCAUCAGAAUCUAUUGUGGUACCAGGCAACACUCGUGAUGUGAUACUGGAGCGCUUGACUCCUGACACUGCUUACUCAAUAAAUGUGGUAGCUCUGUAUGCAGAUGGUGAAGGAAAUCCAAGCCAAGCACAGGGAAGGACAUUGCCUCGCAGCGGUCCAAGGAAUGUGAGAGUGUUUGAUGAGACCACAAACAGCCUUUCUGUGCAGUGGGACCAUGCUGAUGGGCCAGUUCAGCAGUACAGAAUCAUUUAUUCACCCACUAUGGGAGACCCUAUAGAUGAAUAUACAACAGUUCCUGGGAUAAGGAAUAAUGUGAUCCUGCAACCACUGCAAUCAGAUACACCCUACAAAAUCACCGUCGUGGCUGUCUAUGAAGAUGGAGAUGGUGGACAGCUGACUGGAAAUGGCAAAACUGUUGGCUUGCUUCCUCCUCAAAAUAUGUAUAUAACUGAUGAAUGGUACACACGAUUCAGAGUCUCCUGGGAUCCUUCACCAUCCCCUGUUCUUGGCUAUAAAAUUGUAUACAAACCUGUGGGUUCAAAUGAGCCCAUGGAGGUUUUUGUGGGGGAAGUGACUUCCUACACCUUGCACAAUCUGUCUCCCAGCACUACUUAUGAUGUGAGUGUUUAUGCCCAGUACGAUUCUGGAAUGAGCGUACCCCUGACAGAUCAAGGCACUACAUUGUAUCUGAACGUCAGUGACAUAACCACUUACAAAGUAGGUUGGGAUACUUUCUGUAUCCGUUGGUCACCUCAUCGGUCAGCAACUUCCUACCGACUGAAGCUGAACCCAGCUGAUGGUUCCAGAGGACAGGAAAUCACCGUACGUGGAUCAGAAACAAGCCAUUGUUUUACUGGCCUCUCACCAGACACAGAAUACAAUGCUACUGUCUUUGUUCAGACCCCUAACCUUGAGGGACCUCCAGUCUCUAUAAGGGAGCAUACAGUUCUCAAACCUACAGAGGCACCAACUCCACCACCUACACCUCCUCCACCUCCUACGAUCCCUCCUGCUCGGGAUGUAUGCAGAGGUGCCAAAGCGGACAUAGUAUUCUUGACUGAUGCUUCCUGGAGUAUUGGUGAUGAUAACUUCAACAAAGUAGUGAAAUUUGUUUUUAACACAGUAGGAGCCUUUGACUUGAUUAAUCCUGCUGGAAUCCAGGUUUCAUUUGUACAGUACAGUGACGAGGCAAAGUCUGAAUUUAAACUGAAUACCUUUGAUGAUAAGGCCCAGGCCUUAGGAGCUCUUCAAAACAUUCAGUAUAGAGGAGGAAAUACAAGGACAGGCAAAGCCCUCACUUUCAUCAAAGAAAAGGUUUUGACCUGGGAGAGUGGCAUGAGGCGAGGUGUUCCCAAGGUACUUGUUGUUGUCACAGACGGUCGGUCUCAGGAUGAGGUGAGGAAAGCAGCAACGGUCAUACAGCACUCUGGCUUCAGUGUCUUUGUCGUUGGUGUGGCUGAUGUGGACUACAACGAGCUGGCAAAGAUUGCCAGCAAGCCCAGUGAGCGCCAUGUGUUUAUUGUUGAUGACUUUGAUGCCUUUGAGAAGAUUCAAGACAACCUUGUCACCUUUGUGUGUGAGACAGCUACCUCAACUUGUCCUCUCAUUUACUUGGAGGGAUACACUUCACCUGGUUUCAAGAUGCUGGAAUCUUACAAUCUAACAGAGAAGCAUUUUGCUUCUGUACAAGGAGUAUCACUGGAGUCAGGCUCUUUCCCAAGCUAUGUAGCAUAUAAACUGCACAAAAAUGCCUUUGUCAGCCAGCCAAUACGGGAGAUUCACCCAGAGGGGUUGCCCCAGGCAUACACAAUCAUCCUGUUGUUCCGUCUGCUGCCCGAAUCCCCCAAUGAGCCUUUUGCCAUCUGGCAGAUUACAGACAGAGAUUACAAACCACAGGUUGGAGUUGUGCUUGACCCUGCCAGCAAAGUGCUGUCAUUCUUUAACAAGGACACAAGGGGAGAGGUCCAGACUGUAACUUUUGAUAAUGAUGAAGUUAAGAAAAUCUUUUAUGGGAGCUUCCAUAAGGUCCAUAUCGUUGUAACUUCAUCAAAUGUAAAGAUUUACAUUGACUGCAGUGAAAUACUGGAAAAACCAAUUAAGGAGGCUGGGAACAUCACAACUGAUGGCUAUGAAAUUCUUGGGAAGCUUCUGAAAGGCGACAGGAGAUCAGCAACAUUAGAAAUCCAGAAUUUUGACAUUGUUUGCAGUCCAGUUUGGACCAGCAGAGACAGAUGCUGUGAUCUUCCUUCUAUGAGAGAUGAAGCAAAGUGCCCAGCUCUUCCAAAUGCUUGCACCUGUACUCAAGACAGUGUGGGACCUCCAGGACCUCCUGGACCAGCUGGUGGCCCAGGUGCUAAAGGUCCCAGAGGUGAAAGGGGUUUGACUGGAUCAUCUGGGCCACCUGGUCCUCGUGGUGAGACAGGUCCUCCUGGUCCUCAAGGUCCUCCAGGUCCACAGGGUCCCAAUGGGCUGUCAAUCCCGGGUGAACCGGGUCGCCAAGGAAUGAAAGGUGAUGCUGGCCAGCCUGGGCUACCAGGGCGAUCGGGAACCCCAGGCUUGCCUGGUCCUCCUGGCCCAGUGGGACCCCCAGGAGAAAGGGGUUUCACAGGAAAAGAUGGCCCCACAGGUCCCAGAGGCCCGCCAGGACCAGCGGGUGCCCCAGGAGUUCCAGGAGUUGCUGGCCCAAGUGGAAAACCAGGGAAGCCAGGCGACCGUGGGACACCAGGUGCACCUGGGAUGAAGGGAGAAAAAGGUGACAGAGGUGACAUUGCAUCUCAGAACAUGAUGCGAGCAGUUGCACGACAGGUCUGUGAACAGCUGAUAAACGGCCAAAUGAGCAGAUUCAACCAAAUGCUGAAUCAAAUCCCCAACGAUUAUUAUUCAAACCGGAACCAGCCAGGGCCACCAGGACCACCUGGUCCCCCAGGAGCUGCUGGGACAAGAGGAGAGCCUGGACCUGGAGGAAGACCAGGAUUCCCGGGACCUCCUGGGGUGCAAGGACCACCUGGUGAGAGAGGAAUGCCUGGAGAGAAAGGAGAAAGAGGGACUGGAUCUCAAGGACCAAGAGGUUUGCCAGGACCACCUGGUCCUCAAGGAGAAUCUAGAACUGGUCCACCAGGCUCCACGGGAUCACGAGGACCACCAGGGCCACCAGGUCGCCCUGGAAAUGCUGGGAUCCGAGGUCCCCCGGGGCCACCAGGAUAUUGUGAUUCAUCCCAGUGCGCCAGCAUCCCUUACAAUGGCCAAGGAUUCCCAGGUUUCGGCUAACACAUUUUCUAAGUCGCCAGUGCUGCUUACAGUUUGAACCCCUGAAAGUCCUGUUUCUGAGAUGUUUGCGCACGUGCUUAUUAGAAACCGAGUCCCUAUGGACCCCUCACCACGGAUAUGGUUUUUGAACCAUGUUGACCUCAUAGAAUGGGGGAGAUUUCUUCUUCUUUUUUUUUUUUUGCCUCACACUAACACAGCUCCUGAAUGAGAUAAAGGACAGCGAUGUCGAAUGGUUAAGCCUGUUGCAUUUCAAUAAUAAACCAGAGAGUCUUCUUCUUUCUUUAAACCCAAACAAAGCAAACUAAAGAGCGGUACCAGCCAAAAGCCUCGGCGCUGAGGGAGGCUGUGUAAAACUACUAACCAGCAAAGGUAACGCCGGGAGAAGGGACAGAUUUAACCUGGGAAGUGGGAAACGACCUCUGUAAAUAGUAAAUAACUAAUUGUGGCUUGUAAAUGAUUUGUAUGGGGACCCUACCCACUAAAAGCUGUUAACAACUCUACGUGAUGCUCUUGCAUAAAAGCCUGCUGCUGCUUGCUGUGUGCCGGAAUAACAUCUUUGACAACUUAGGAAGCCUACCUGUCCCUUGCUUGUCAUGACUGUGUCUGAAGCAGGCCCUGUGCUGCCUUCUCUUUUAUUUUUAAUAUGUAUUCUUGUUGGAUUCUGUAACUGCAGUUCUAAAUACCAAAGUGGUUUAUUUAAAACAAAGCUAUUUUCUAUAAUUAUUUUUCUUCUGUUUUGCUGUAGUUUUUGGUGUUCCUGAAGCACCAGCUCAGCUGUAACUCGGUUUGUUACGAGGAACAGCAGGAGAAAAUGACAUGUACUGUAUAUUGCCCGCUGGUGAUAGUUGUGUCUACACUUUGCUUUCCCACUCUCAGACCAAAAAUCAGUCUAUGCCAAACCUAUGUGUCCAUUUUACCUCCUCCGUGCCUUCUACUAAUUAAGUCCAGUGCUUGGAUUUACUGAAGUAGCUGUAAAAUAAUAUUUUCUAUUUGAUUUGUCUGGUGGUUUUUUUUCCUUUUUUUCUCCCUCCUUUUUUUCCCUCUUCCCCCCCCUCCUUUUUUAUUUCUCCCUCCUUUUUAUUCCUCUCUCCUUUCCCUCCCCUCAUUUUUUUCUCCCUCCUUUUUUCCUCCCCUCCUUUUUUCCCCCUCCUUUUUUUCUCCCCUCCUUUUUUCCCCUCUUUUUUUCCCUCUCCUUUUUUAUUU